GGAAGGGACUUGGGGCUUGUCAUAAAUGCUUCAUCAGCCAGUAAUGUAAAGAUUGAUGGACUGGAGGAGAAGCUGGCGCGUUGCAGACAGAGCAUGGAGGAGGUGGAUCUUCAGCUGCGCAGAGGGCAGCUCAGCCCUGAAGGAAGAAAGUCACUGGAGAAAGAGAGAAACUUACUAAUGACCAAAGCUGACAACUAUGAGAGAGAACUGAGUGUGCUUCGUAAGGAGAAUCGCAAGAACGCUGCCCUUGCUGUGGCCAUGGGGUUGCUGAUUGCUCUUAUUUACGCCUGCUGGACAAUGUGAUUGCACUCAAGCAUUCUCCCUGCUGACCAAAUGACUCUCCUGCAAGGAGCUCUUCCUCCUCUCACCAUUGUGCCUCCCCUAAGAGCGAGGAGCAGCAUUUCAAAUUGCUGUUCUUGUUUAUCCUCUCCAAGCCUUGUUGUAGGGAAGCUUUUUCUCCUGAGAACUGAG